AUGCCGCUCGACUUCCCCCCCAUCUACCUGCUCUCGACUCACCUGUCGCCGGACGAGCUCCACCGGCUCGAGGGCAGCAUCCCGUCCCUGACGUACGACAUCCACGAGGCUCAAGUCGUCGUGGGCAACAUCUCCAAGACGGCACGCGCCCAGUUUGAGCUCAGACGCCUCAAGCUCGACACGGAGCCAAUCCUCGGAGGCGCCCUUGCCCGUGGCGGCGGGGCUUCCGAGGUGGCCGCCUCGGUCCAAGUGCUCAAGCUCUCUUGGCUCACGGAUUGUCUGCAACGGGACACUGUGCUGCCCACGGACGAUUAUCUCCUCUAUCGGGGCCGCAGGCUGGACGCUGGCUCGUCGAGAAAACGCCCACCAUCGCCCGCCACGACGGGCAUCCCGUGGCGUGCACGGCGCCCCUUGGUGCCCGCGUACCUCCAUACCACGUACUCGUGCCAGCGGCCAACACCCGUCCACAGCCCCAAUGCUGCCUUCAUCGAAGAGCUCAAGAGCAUCCGAACUCUGCGUCUUCUCCAAGGAGACCAGAUCGGUGUGAGGGCGUACUCGACGUCCAUUGCGACGUUGGCCGCGUACCCGCAUCCACUGCGAUGGUCUCUGGAAAUCGCCAGGCUCCCGGGCUGCGGCGGCAAGAUCGCCGCGCUCUAUCAGCAGUGGCGCGAACACGGCCAAACCAAGGAGGCAGCCGAUGCGAUGUCGGAUCCCAAGCUGGCUGUCCUCAAACUCUUCUACGGCAUUUGGGGCGUGGGAGACAGCGUCGCUCGAGAAUUCUACGCCAAGGGAUGGAGGAAUCUCGACGAUGUUGUCGAGCACGGGUGGGCGUCUCUCAGCCGGGCACAGCAGAUAGGGGUCAAGUUCUAUGAUGAGUUGAAACUCAAGAUUCCGCGCCGAGAAGUCGAGGCCAUUGCGCAAAUCAUUCUGUCGAACGCGCGAGGAAUCGACGCCGGCUUCGAAAUGACGAUUGCGGGAGGUCAUCGAAGAGGGAAAGGGGAAAGCGGGGACGUCGACGUGGUGCUAAGCCUGGAGAGAGGCGGCUUCAUCACUCACACGCUGAGUCUGUGGACGAGAAAUAGCGAACGGGGCCAGAUCCCACUGCCGUGGAAGGGAGACGGCGCAGGCCGGGGCACAGGAUUCGACACGCUGGACAAGGCCAUGGUGGUGUGGCAGGCGCCGGGCAGCACGACGGAGACGGAGCCGACGCCGCACCGGCGCGUGGACAUAAUCGUCAGUCCGUGGAAGACGGUGGGGUGCGCGUUGCUGGGCUGGAGCGGCGGGACCACGUUCCAGCGCGACCUGCGGCGGUACUGCAAGCGGGAACUGGGCCUCAAGUUUGACAGCAGCGGGAUCCGGAGGCAAGACACGGGCGAGUGGGUGGACCUGGAGGGGGCCGGAGGGGACGGAGCGUCUUGGGACCGGGGCCCGGCGCCGGACAUGGAGACGGCCGAGAAGCGAGUCUUUGAGGGCCUGGGCCUGCCCUGGCGGCCACCGGAAGAGAGGUGUACGGGCUAA